CGACCGACAAAUGCGGCGCAGCCUUCAGUCUGCCCAGUCGUCCACAGCUCACAACCCGCGGAUUUACAAUCAACAAUUGACACAAAUUUCUGCCCAGGGAUACCUUUCUUCCCCAUCGGUAUUUUUACUAAAUAUGAGGUGGUUUGUGUCUCCAAACAUGGUCUAGCUAAAAUCUCUGAAGCAGCAGCAGCAGCAGCAGCCCGCUAGCACUGAGCCAGGAUGUCCAGCAGCUCGGGCUACCCCGCCAGCCAGAGGAGCUUCAGCAGCGAGCAGGGCCGGUACCCAGCACAUUCUGUCCAGUACUCCUUCACCGGCUCGCGCCACCAACAGGAUUUCUCCAUCCCAGACUAUCGGACUCACAUGCAAGAUCCACAGGGUCGGCGAAGACCGUCUUUACUUUCUGAAUUCCACCCUGGAACUGAAAGGCCACCAGAGAGACGCCAUGGUUACGAACAGCAGUUUCACUCAGCCCAGUCUGAGCAUGAGGCCAUGGAUGCUAAACGCCCUCGCAUGGAGACUGUUUCUGAGGGCCACAUCAGCCGCACACCUCUCACUGCUGGGGGUAUUCUCAUGCCCAUAAGCCAUACAGUACAGGACAGUCUUAGAGCCUCUGCGGAUGUCAAAAAGGAGUCUCAGUUCACUCUCAAAGUGGAUUCCCCGUCCCAUGGAGGACAUGCACAUCACAUGAGUGAUGACCAGGACGCUUCUCCUUCCAAACUAUCCAAGGAGGAGCUGAUCCAGAGUAUGGACCGUGUGGACCGAGAGAUUGCUAAAGUAGAGCAGCAGAUUUUCAAGCUGAAGAAAAAGCAGCAACAACUGGAGGAGGAAGCAGCGAAGCCAAUGGAGCCAGAAAAGCCAGUCACCCCUCCCCCAGUGGAGCACAAGCAUCGCAGCAUAGUCCAGAUCAUCUAUGAUGAGAACCGGAAAAAAGCUGAGGAGGCGCAUAAAGUAUUUGAAGGUCUUGGCCCUAAGGUUGAGCUGCCCCUCUACAAUCAGCCAUCAGACACAAAGGUGUACCAUGACAACAUCAAGACCAACCAAGUCAUGAGGAAGAAGCUGAUUUUGUUCUUCAAGAGGAGGAACCACGCUCGUAAACAAAGGGAACAGAAUAUCUGCCAGCGCUACGACCAGCUGAUGGAAGCGUGGGAGAAAAAGGUGGAGCGAAUGGAGAACAACCCCAGACGCAAAGCUAAGGACAGCAGAACACGGGAGUACUACGAAAGGCAAUUCCCUGAGAUCCGCAAGCAGAGAGAGCAGCAGGAGCGCUUCCAGAGGGUUGGACAAAGAGGAACAGGCCUUUCAGCAACAAUCGCAAGAAGCGAGCAUGAGAUUUCUGAAAUCAUAGAUGGCCUUUCUGAGCAGGAGAACAACGAGAAACAGAUGAGACAACUGUCGGUGAUCCCUCCCAUGAUGUACGACUCCGAGCAGAGGCGAGUGAAGUUCAUCAACAUGAACGGCCUGAUGGAUGACCCGAUGAAGGUGUACAAAGCCCGGCAGUUCAUGAAUGUUUGGACUGAACAUGAAAAGGAGAUCUUUAAGGAGAAGUUUGUUCAACACCCCAAGAACUUUGGCCUGAUUGCCUCCUAUUUGGAGAGAAAGUGUGUUGCUGACUGUGUCCUUUACUACUACUUGACCAAGAAGAACCACAACUACAAGACGCUGGUGAGGCGGAACUAUGGAAGACGGAGAGGAAGGAACCAGCAAAUAACACGUCCCUCACAAGAAGAAAAAUCUGACGAGAAAAACGAAGAGGAAAAAUCUGAGAAAUCCGAGAAAAAAGAGGACGAGGAAAAGAAGGACGAGGAAGAGAAAGAUGAAAAGGAGGAUUCUAGGGACAUUGGCAAGGACAAAGACAAGUGUGACGGUGGGGAGGACGAGGACGGAAAGGAGCAAAACACGCCGCGUGGCAGGAAGACUGCCAACAGCCAGGGCCGCCGUAAGGGAAGGAUCACCACACGCUCAAUGGCCAAUGAGGCUGCAUCUGUGGCGGCUGAGGAGGCACCUCCCCCUUCCUCUGAGCCUGCCUUGCCAGAUCCUCCACAGCUCCCUAAGUCUGAUCCAAUGCAGAAGUCAAUGAAGGAGCCUGCAAAACCCCAGACUCCAUUAGCUUCCAUGGAUGUUAAUAAAGCUGGUGCUGGUGAAACUGGAGAAACUUCUCGCUGGACCGAGGAGGAGAUGGAGGUCGCCAAAAAAGGGCUAGUUGAGCACGGGCGAAACUGGACAGCCAUUGCCAAAAUGGUGGGCACCAAAAGCGAGGCACAGUGCAAGAACUUCUAUUUCAAUUACAAGAGACGUCACAACCUGGACAACCUGCUUCAGCAGCAUAAGCAGGAUACACGGCGAGCUCGUGCCGAUAGGUCUCAAAGUGAAGGUCUCGCCAUGGCGUCACCUGAUGAUGACGAUGACGAUGACAACCCAGAUGACAGUGAAGGCGGUGACAACAGCUCUGAUACAGAGAGUGCUCCCUCCCCCUCUCAGUCUGGAGACUCAAAGAGGGCAGACAGCGCUGCAGGAGAUGCUCACUGCUCUGAUCAGGACAAAGGUCAGGCCAGUAAUGGAAAGGCCCUGGAGCCUUUAUACGGAGGACUCUGUGUAAAGGAAGAGAAAAGCCCAGAGAGUGAGACUGGAUCCCAGGAGGAGAAGGCCAGGAUGGCUUCCUAUGCAGGCUCGGUGCAUCCCAAAACCGAACCUCAGGAUGUGGACAUGAACACUGGAGAGAUUCAGGUCAAGAUGGAGCCUGAGAUGAAGGAGAGAGGAGAAAAAGAAGAUCAUGGCGAGAGGAAUAGGGAGCUCCACUCAGAUAAUGACUCCAGCGCCACCUGCAGUGCUGAUGAGGAUGUGGAAGCAGAGCCUGAAAGACAGAGAAUGUUCACCAUGGAAAAGCCUUCAUUGCUCAACCCUCCGGGCACUGUGCUGGUGUCUUCACCCAAGCAAGUCCAACUCAACAUCCAGCAGAUGCAAGAGCGGGCAGCUGCCAUCCCACCUAUGGUGCCUGGCCCUUUUGGCCCCAGUGGUGUACCCAUCAGUGGCUUUGCAAUGUUGCAACACCAGAUCAAAGCAGUGCACGAUUCAGCGCACCAAGAGGAGAAGCAGAGGCAGGAUCACGCAGACCUGGAGCGCAGACCGCCCUUCAUCACCCGCAGCCCCACCGUUAUAGACAGAGAUGGUAAGCCCUUACCCUACAUGCCUUAUGACAUGAAGCUGGCUCUGGACCAGGAGAUGCACUCCGGUCGGCCAGGCUCUCCCUACAGACUCUCCCCCAGGGAGCUGAGCAGGGCCUCACCCCAGCCUGACCCCAACGCCCCCAAUACCUCGCGCUACAGUGUGCCACCAGUCCUCCACCCGGCCCAAAACCAGCUGGUCCAGAGUAUGGCAGAUGGAGUCCGCGUGACGUUCAGCAGACCCAGUCGACCUCCCAACAUUCCCUCUCCUCCUCCACUCAUUCCAACCACCAAGCCUACGGACAAGCCCUCCUUCAUCCAAGGAGGCUCUAUCUCCCAGGGAACUCCUGGCACAUACCUACCGUCCCAUGCUGUCUAUGGGCCGGAGGGAACUAAGAGCACAGUGGGCUCCAUCUCUCUGGGUCUGCCUCGGCAGCAGGAUCCUAACAAGCCUGGAGCUGCAGUUUCAUCCAUACAGGACUGCAGAGGCAACCCAGCAAAGAUGGGUGAGGGUCUGACUAUGAGAGGAUCAAUCACUCAGGGCACACCAGCUCUGCCACAGUCCAUCAUCGCUGCUGACCUCCUGAAGGGCACAAUCACAAAGUUGGCCACAGAGGACCUGAGCAGCCCAGACAAUGCCAGGGGAGAACAGCUGUCUAAAGGUCAUGUGAUCUAUGAAGGCAAGAGUGGUCACAUCCUCUCUUAUGAUGCUAUCAAGAACCCCAGAGAAAACACCCGCAGUCCCAGAACUGGCCAUGAGCUGAAACGCACUUAUGACAUGAUGGAGGGACCGGGGCAGGGCAGGGGACAUCCUGGCAGGGAAGGAGCUCCAUUCGAGGGGUUGAUUAGCAGAGCCUUGCCCAGAGAAGGUCUACAUGGAGAUUCUAAGGAAAGACCAUUGAUGACAGGAUCCAUCAUGCAAGGAACACCUAGAACCGCAGCAGAGACUUAUGAAGAUGCCAUGAAAUAUGGAAAACAGAUAAAGCGAGAGAGCCCACCUAUCCGCUCCUUCGAAGGAGGUAUUAUCAAGGGCAAGCCCUAUGAGGGAGUCAAUACUAUCAAAGAGAUGGGACGCUCCAUUCACGAAAUCCCCAGACAAGAUCAGUCUGGCCAGGACAUCUGCAAGACCCCCGACCUGUCAGACAGGAGGGGGAUGGAGGGCUCCAUGUCUCAGAUUCACCCUCACAACCAGUCUACCAUCAAGCACAACGUCAAGUCCCUAAUCACCAGUCCCAAUAAGCUUCCCCACAGCAUGCCCCAGCUCGAAGCCAUGGAGCGAGUCAAGUAUGAGGAGAGCAAGGCAGUACGCCACACAUCUGUGGUCAACUCUACCUCUGUGCUGCGCUCCACACACCAGGAGGCUAUCAAAUCCCAGCUUAGCCCAAGCAUGUACGAGGACCCCAACGCUCGAAGGACACCUGUGAACUACAGCACCAAUCCUGUAUCCAGAGGGUCACCCAUGAUGGGACGGACACCAGAGGGUGUUAUGAGCUGUGCAAAAUCUGCUGCACACGAGAGAAAGAGUACCCUGACCCCGACACAGAGGGACAGCGUCCCAGCCAAGUCCCCGGUGUUGGGCGGUGAGCCUGUAGCCUCUCACAGCCCCUUCGACCCCCAUCACCGGCCCGUAGUUCCUGGUGAAGUGUACCGAGCCCACCUGCCUCCACAUCUCGACCCUACCCUGGCCUUCCACAGAGUGCUGGAUCCUGCGUUCAUGUUCCCCAGGCAGCCAUCUCCAACUGGCUACCACAACACCUACCAGCUGUACACCAUGGAGAACACACGGCAGACGAUCCUCAACGAUUAUAUCACCUCCCAGCAGAUGCAAGUUAUCCGACCUGACAUGGCCCGAGUGUUGUCACCGCGGGAACAGCCCGUUGCUAUCCCUUACCCCGCCGGAGCCCGAGGGAUUAUUGAUCUAGCCCAGAUGCCUCCAACUAUCCUGUUGCCUCACCCUGGGGGAACAGGUACUCCCACUUUGGAACGCAUCGCCUACCUCCCCGGAGCUCAGCCCCCUUUCCCUCCUAGGGCUUUCAACCCAACCUCCAUAUCGCCAGGCCACCAAGCCCACCUUGCCGCUGCAGCAGCUGCCAGUGCGGAGAGGGAACGGGAGAGGGAGCGUGACCGGGAGCAGCAGGAGAAGGAGAGAGAAAAGGAAAGGGAGCAGCGAGAGAGGGAGAGGGAGAGGGAGAGGGAACGAGAACGGGAAAUGCGAGAACGAGAGCGGGAGAGAACUAAUGAAUAUAUCCGCGGAGGUGGACCAGAGCAGCCAGGCCAAGCAGGGAGCCGAGGUUAUCUGCACUCCCCUUCUCCCUCGCUCAAGAUGCAGGAAGUAGUGGUUCAGCAGCGGCCUAGCAUCUUCCAGGGCAAGAGUGUCAUCACCUCUCUAAUGCCCCAUUCAGCAGCAGCAACAGCAGCAGCACAGAGCAGCUCUCGCUACAGUACUGCAGCUGAUGCUCUGGCUGCUCUGGUGGACGCGGCAGCCUCUGCCCCACAGAUGGAUGUGGCCAAGGUGAAAGAGAGAAAACAUGACCGGGAUGACGAAAUGUCUUCAUCGUCUGCAGUUCGGCGAGCAGCAAGCCUAUCCGAACAGCAGCAGCUUCAGCAGCAGCAUCAGCAACAACAACAUCAGCAGCAGCAGCAGCAGCAGCAGCAGCAGCAGCAGCAGCAGCAGCAGCAGCAGCAGCAUCAGCAGCAGCUUCAGCAACAGCAGCAGCAGCAACAGCAGCAGCAGCAGCAACAACAGCAGCAGCAACAGCAGCAGCAGCAGCAGCAGCAGCAGCAGCAGCAGCAGCACGAGGCAGAAAGGCGGUCCAUGCAGUCACCAUAUGGCUCUAUAUCUCUGCCAGGGGGUAAGCCCCAUUCUGCUUACUCUGAGGGCCCUGGAGGAAAGGAUAAGGGCCCUCAAACCUCAAAGUCCCGCAUUGAAGAGGAGCUUCGGACUCGUGGAAAGACGACUAUCACAGCUGCUAACUUCAUCGAUGUCAUCAUCACGCGGCAGAUAGCCUCAGACAAAGACUCAAGAGAGCGAGGCUCUCAGAGCUCUGACUCCUCCAGCAGCUUGUCAUCCAGUCGAUACGACAACACCGGUGGAGGAGCCAUUGAGGUGAUUAGUCCUGCUAGUUCCCCAGUCCAACCCCAACAAGACAAACCAGAGGAAGUGCAACAACAGGCAACAGCUGGCAUGCGUGCCUACGACAUGAGUCGUUACCGUCAAUCGGUGGAGCCCCCACAGCCCAGUCCCCAGCAGCCCCCCUCCUCCCAGGUGGACAGCUACUCCCAGGUUCCCAAGACUCACCAGUUCAUGACCUUGGCAGAACACAUUUCGCAUAUCAUAACCCAGGACUUCGCCCGGAAUCAGGACCCUCCUCCUGUCUCUUCCUCAGCUUCCACAACAUUCCAGAGCUCUGUGCCAUCCAUGUCCUCUUCAGGGCGAGCUAAGGUGCCCAGCCGCUACAGUCCUGAGAAUCAAGCCCAGGCCACACACCACCAGAGACCCUCCAGCAGAGUUUCCCCAGAGAAUGCCCCUGACAAGCCCAGAGCUAGGCCUGGUAAAUCUCCAGAGCGUGGUGGCAGGCAGUCGGAGAACUAUGAACCCAUCUCUCCACCACAGAGCUACCAAGGCAUGGACAAACAGGAAGUGGUCGUACAUCCGCCCCAGAGACGAGAGGCUGACAACUCCGACAUCAGGAAUGACUCGCGGUCCCCGGGGAAUGUCGGCUAUCUGCCUUCCUUCUUCACCAAGCUGGAGAACACCUCGCCAUUGGUGAAAUCCAAGAAGCAGGAGAUCUUUCGUAAGUUGAACUCCAACUCUGGUGCCGGUGAUUCUGAUAUUGGAAAUGCUCAACCAGGCACAGAGAUUUUCAACUUGCCUGCUGUUACCAGCUCCAGCAGCAUCAACGCCAGGAAUCACUCAUUUAGUGACCCAGCCAGUAACCUGGGCCUGGAGGACAUCAUCCGCAAAGCCUUGAUGGGCAACUUGGAGGAGAGACCAGAGGAGCACCAGGGAGGACUCAACAACACACCCGGCACGGGAAGCGACGUCCGCCAGGAGGCUAACCCGUCACCUAGUAUGGGAAAGCAGAAGCAGGGCAAAGCCAACAGCCGGAAAUCCAAGUCACCUAACCUGGGUCAGGCAUACGCUGGAGGGGAGCGUCCCUCUUCAGUGUCCUCCGUCCACUCCGAGGGAGAUUAUCACAGACAAGCCCAAGCUCAACCCCAGUGGAGCUGGGACGACCGACCCUCAUCUACAGGAUCCAUGCAGUUCCCUUACAACCCUCUGACCAUGCGCAUAUUGAGCAGCACACCACCCACCUCCAUAGCUUCCCCCGCCAUACAGAGCCAGCAGCAGCAGCAGCAGCAGCAGCAACAGCAGCAGCAACAGCAGCAACAGCAGCAACAGCUGCAGCAACAACUGCAGCAACAGCAGCAACCGCCUCCAGCUGGAGCUCCGGUGGCCCAGCAGCGUGUGUGGCAGUCUCUGCUGUCAGAGCAAUACGAGACCCUGUCUGACAGUGACGACUGAGCCCUGCUCGCUACAAGCCCCCAAUAACCAGAAGAGAGGCCUCCUGCGCUAAGGCUUGUCUUUUCACCCCCCUCUCCCAGAACUACCCUCGCUCACUGGCGAGUGUGACAAGGAGAUGGGGUGGUGUCCUUAUUAUUUUUGGUGCUAUGUCGCCCCCUUGCUGUUGGCAAAGAGUACAAGCAGCAGCCUGUGACAGGCAGGGCUCUCCAGAACGAGACUGGCUUUGGUCUGGAAGCACUCACCCAGCCUGUUGGUGAAAUAAACAAAACCCCGACUGAGGGAACACGUGAGCUAUAGUAAAGAUGAAGAACUUAAUAUGUAAAAAGAAACACCAUAAGAGACUAUUUCUGAAUUUCUUUUGGAUUUCUGUAAAGAUAUUCUUUGUCUUUAAGAAAAUCAUUGUAUGUACAUAGAGUAACCUUUUGCAGUGUUUUUCUUAACUUGAUUAUUUCUUAUUUUAAUGUCGCUUUUAAAUUGAUCCACUUUAAAUGGGAAGAGGAGGGGUGUAAUCUUUAGUAUCACAGUUGGUUCUCAUCCAGUCCACCCCCACCCCCACGUGACCUGACACCCACUCUAAUAUUUUUACCAUAGCAACGCUGCGAGAGCCCCGGACCUUUGGUUUGUACUUGACCCCGAGUGGAGCACAGAGAUUGUGCCGCCCCUGCGCGCCAUCCACCGAGCACCACCAGAGCCUGAACAUCGUGGACAUUCGAGGAUGAAACAAAACACAGACUAACAAUUUAAACAGCAAUGAUUUUCGAUGCCUGUCUUCGCACCAUAGUGGAGAUGAUGCAUGGAUUGUAACUAUCAGACGGUAGCGAUAACUUCUCACCCCAUUCUAGACAGAGAAAUGUCUUCAAAAACAAGUUGAGAACACUGGUGUCAUAGCAGAAAGGUGAAAAGUCUGAUAUAAGCUUAAUUUUGCCGGAAAAAGAUAUGACUACUCCUGCACUCGGUCUGAGUAAUAAAAGUGAGCCAAUGCUUUUUUCAAUAGAGCUGACCAUAGUGUGUCACAUGUAGCUGUCUCUCUCUGCAGUUUCCAACCUGUCCAGAAUGAUCUGCUCUGCAAUGUUGUCAUGGUAAAAAAUAGUAUGUCAGGUUUUGCCAUGCCUUGUGACUUGAGAAAGAAGGCAGCUUUAACUAAUUUUCUCAGAGAUAUACUUUGAUGUUUGAUGUUUGUAUUUGUUUCUGUAGUCCCUCUUUUUUUUUUUUUUGAUACUGUCCUGACAAAAAUCUGAACUCUGUAAAUUGUCUUUCCAUUACACAAAAAGACAAAACUAACCAAACAUAAAGAAUGGUCUGCACCAUUGUUGCACUUUUUUGCUUUGUAGCUUUUGACAAAAAAAAAAAAGCAUACUACCUGCUGUGUAACUUAUUCAACCUCCAGCAUAGGAGUAUACUAAGAUGUGCGUUAACCUUUUCCCACUACUCACAGAAAUCUGGAUGUUUUGACUUCCUGUCUUUUCUUGUAGCUGGUACAUGAUUUUGUAGUGUUGACACAUCACAGUUACAGUUUUAAGUGUCUGGUACCGUUAAAUGUUUAGGAGUUUGCUGUCAUGGUGGUUCAAAAUCGUGGCCACUUAAUCUCUGCUUUCAUUGUGUCAAUCAAGAGGCAUAAAGCUUUGAAAAUGAAUUAUUAUACGUCAACUUCAUAAAUGGCAGUAACGUUCCUUUGCAAGUAUGUGAAAAACUACCAUAUUUUGGCUUUCAGCUUUCACUUUGCUCAGUUAACUAAUCCAUUCUGCUCUAAACUUGAUAUUUCCUUUCUUCCUUUCAUUUUGAUUUUUAAUUAAUUUGUCAUAGCACAUGUUCAGAUUUAUUUUCUUCUGUCAUUUUCAACAUCUUCGUUUAGGAUGGGAUGUUAUGUGUUUACAAAGGCAAUGAUACAAAAAAGUUUACAAACUUGAAUCUUAAAGAAAUCCGACAUGAAGCCGAAAAAGAAUUGGAGCAUCUUUUCAGCUCUCUAUCAAACACACAUUGGUGACUUCUUUUUGUCUUUUUGAAAUUGAGACUUGAAAACCUGUGUAUCCUAUGAUGUUGAAAUGCAAUGUUUGUAUCGCACAAUGUCUCUUAGUAGGCUAUUACAAGAGUUCAGACCAAUCAAAUAAAGUGGAUCAGUUCUCCACCACUGAAAAAUGUGUAGGUUUUUAAUUAGGUGUGCCAUCCUCUUAAGUGACUGCUACUUUAGUUUUUUGUAGAUUGUGCCAUUGUCAAUCAUAAGUGUCAUCGACUGAUGUGUACCAAAACUUUUCAGAAUCAUUUCAUUUAUGAAUUAUAAAAUGAAAACAUGGUUUCAGCAA